AUGCGACGACGUCCUCUACCACCGGUUCGCGAGGAAGUGUCGAACUCAAAAUCGUGGAGAACAUUGUGUGAAAGUGAGUGGGCAGUUUACACGCUCGUUGCUUCUGUGGGGGCUCUGACGUACGCGAAUAGUUUGAAUGGCGAGUUCGUACAUGACGACAUCCCGGCGAUAGUGUCAAACAGUGAUGUGAACGGCGGUAACAAUGUGUUGCAAGUGUUCAAAAACGAUUUUUGGGGUACACCAAUGUCAGACCAUAACAGCCAUAAGUCGUAUCGGCCGCUCACUACGUUAUCAUUUCGGUGA